UACCAGAGCUAUAUCAACAGAGAAUCAACAGGGGGAGGAUGAAGCGGCGCAAUGCGGACUGCAGCAAACUCCGACGGCCGAUAAAACGGAACCGAAUCACCGAGGGUAUAUAUAGCAGCACGUUCCUGUACCUGAAGUUCCUGGUGGUGUGGGUUUUAGUUCUGCUGGCCGACUUUGUGCUGGAGUUCAGGUUCGAGUACCUGUGGCCUUUCUGGCUUUUCAUCCGAAGUGUCUACGACUCCUUCAGAUAUCAGGGUCUGGCGUUCUCCGUUUUCUUCGUUUGCGUGGCGUUUACGUCGGACAUCAUAUGCCUCCUCUUCAUCCCCGUCCAGUGGUUGUUUUUUGCAGCCAGCACCUACGUAUGGGUCCAGUAUGUCUGGCACACAGAGAGAGGAGUCUGUCUGCCCACCGUUUCGCUGUGGAUCCUGUUUGUGUACAUCGAAGCUGCCAUACGGUUCAAAGAUCUGAAGAAUUUCCAUGUAGAUCUCUGUCGACCCUUUGCUGCUCACUGUAUCGGCUACCCGGUGGUGACCCUGGGCUUCGGCUUCAAGAGCUACGUGAGCUAUAAGAUGCGACUGAGGAAACAGAAAGAAGUGCAAAAAGAGAACGAGUUCUACAUGCAGCUCCUACAGCAGGCGUUACCGCCGGAGCAACAGAUGCUGCAGAGACAAGAGCGAGAAGCAGAAGAAGCUGCCUUAACCAAGGGAAUCUCUGAGGUAGAACCCACAGUCGUUUCCCAGAACGGAGCGCCACCUGGGAAGAAAAGCUCUUCGGUCACUUUGCCGGAGCUGGAGUAUCGUGAAAAAGGGAAGGACAGUACGGCAAAGGAGCGAGAGGGCAAAAAACAGAACACGGUGGGAAUCAAUAACAACAGUAUUAUACACACACUGGACUCCAAGCUACAGGAGACAGAAUUUAUCGAGAACUACGUCGGGACAAAGAGACUGAACAACGACCUGGCGGGGGAGAACACGCUUGCCGACGGGAACGCGCACACGGCUGCGAAAGAGGAAAUGGGGGGAACGGGAAAGAACUACAAAAAUGCCGGCGGGGGCACCAACUCGUCCCCACGCAACCACAGCUCCACAAACGGCAGUCUGCCGUCGGGCUCCUCGGCCAAUAAGAACGAGAAGAAGCAGAAGGGGUCGGGGAAGGGGCAGAAGGAUCCGGUGGAGAACUGUAUUCCUAACAACCAGCUGGGAAAGCCGGACACCCUGGUCCGGUUGGAGCAGGACGUGAAGCGCCUGAAGGCAGACCUGCAGGCCAACAGGCAGCUGGAGUCUGAGCUGCGCAGCCAGCUCUCCUCUCUGAGCAGCCAGGACCGCAGCCUGCGCUCCGAACUGGGCCUGCUGCGACAGGACAACGAGCUGCUGCAAAACAAGCUUCACAGUGCCGUCCAGGCCAAGCAGAAGGACAAGCAGACGAUAUCCCAGCUGGAGAAGAGGCUGAAGGCCGAGCAGGAGGCCCGAGCUCUGGCUGAAAAACAGCUGGCCGAGGAGAGAAAGAGGAAGAAGAUGGAGGAGGCCAGAGCUGUAGCUUUAGCUGCUGCUACCAGAGUGGAGUCCACUGAUUCUCUUCGAGGUCGUAUCAGAGAGCUGGAGACGGAGUGCAAGAAGCUCAGCAUGGACAUGAAGCUCAAGGAGGAGCAGAUAAGGGAUCUGGAGGGAAAGUGUCAGGUGAGACUCUGUUGGUGCUUGGAAAACGAGAAGGACACAGAGGUGCUUGAUGUCGGCGCUGUCAGCCAUGCAGGAGAAGACCAGCAUCUGGAGAACAGCCUCAGUGCUGAGACCAGGAUCAAACUGGACCUGUUCUCUGCACUGGGAGAUGCCAAGAGGCAGCUGGAGAUAGCACAAGGCCAGAUCCACCAGAGGGAGCAGGAGAUUGUGGAGCUGAAGCAGAAGAUAGCAGAGGUCAUGGCGGUGAUGCCCAGCCUGUCCUACUCUUCAGACGGCAGCAACCUGAGCCCAGUCACCCCGCACUACUCAUCCAAGUUCAUGGACAAUAGUCCCUCCUCCCUGGACCCCAACGCCUCAGUCUACCAGCCCCUGAAGAAGUGACUCUUUUCGUCCGACACGUCGUCUCCCUCUCCUU